AUGCAGGUCAUCAUAAUAGGAGCGGGAAUUGCAGGUCUAUCGUGUGCUAGAAGGCUAGCUCAAAGAAGUGGAAUAGAAGUUUUGAUUCUAGAAGGUCGAGAUAGAAUCGGAGGAAGAAUACAUACAUGGGAUUUGAAGGACAAUAAAACAUACAAUCCAAAGGAAGCUCAAAAAGCUUCUUUUCCAAUUGAUCUAGGAGCAAGCUUUAUUCAUGGUGUAUCGGAAGGUCAUCCUGUCAAAGCAUUAGAGAAAGAAGUUGGGUUUACAACAUUCGAUUCAGAAGAGGAUGAAUCCGCAUUGAUAUUUUAUGAUCGUCAAUCGGGCAAAAAGCUGCAAGGAGAAAAAGCUGAAAAGGUUGCAUUCUUUUCGCAAGGACCUCUUCCGAAGGAAAAUUUAUGGUCAGCCUUACUAACAAGAAAGGACGAUCCUGUAUAUGGAGAAUUGUGGGAGCAGCUUGAGUCAGAGGAAGAACGUGAAAUGGUGAUGACAAUGUCAAAGUUGUGGACAGGCUGGACCGGCGCACUUCAUUGGGAUCUUUCGCUGCGUUGGUGGGGUGCUGAGAAUGACUUUCAUGGGGGAAAUGAAGUCGUCUUGCCUGGAUAUCAAACUCUGAUACAAUGGUCAGCAGAUAAGGCCACUUUCAAAGGAGCAAAGGUUGAACUGAACAAAGUCGUUGAAAAAGUGCAAAGAUUAAGAAAUAACAAGAUCUUGGUGGAAGUUCAAGAUGGCACAAAGUAUUAUGCAGACUACUUGAUCUCUUCCCUUCCACUUGGAGUGAUGCAGAAUUCUCCGCCCGCAUUUGAGCCUGACUUGCCAGAAGGCUUGAAACAAUCUAUCAGCAAUCUGGGUAUGGGACUACUGAACAAGAUUGUCCUGCGUUAUGAAACAGCAUGGUGGCGUGAAUUGUCUCCACCAUCUUUCUUUUGCAUUCUUCCUACCCAGAUCGCGAAAAGAGAUCAAGGCUACAGAUGGAAAGGAGAACAGAUUCCUAAAACAGUUGAAGAGGCAAAGUACCUGGUUGAGAAUGAAGGAAUCUUUGCUCAGAAUUAUGACAUCAUCAAUCAAUCGCCUAUCCUGAAAAUUUUCCUGGGUCCGCCCAUAGCCCAUGCGGUCGAAUUGCUCGAUGAUGAUUGGAUCAUUAAAACAAUUCAUGAUCGUCUUAUCAAGUCUAUGUUACCCAAUGACGAACAAGCAAGCAUAUCUCCGCCUGCUUCUGCUCAGGUAACCCGCUGGAAUAAAGAUACGUUCAGCCGCGGCAGCUAUUCGUACAUUCCAGCAGCUAACGAAUCACCCCAGUUUCCUGGUGGUAGCCGACAAGAUAUGGAAGUGGCAGCUACUUCUAUCUGGGAUGGCACUUUGGGCUUUUGUGGAGAACAUACAUCUGCUGAUUGUUAUGCUUCGGUGCAUGGAGCACUUUUAUCGGGUGAAAGAGAGGCCGAUAGAAUAUUGCACACUUUACAAAAAGAGAGAUUAUGA